AUGAGUCUCGAGCCUGGCUUCAGACCACGGUCUGUCUCCCCAGCAAGCUCUGGUCGAUCCUCCCCUAUAAACCAUCUGGCUCAGUCCAGAGUUGAAGAGGAGGAACUCAAAAAGGACAAAUCAUAUCGAAGAUAUGCCUCCAAUGUAGCUCGUGUGUUAGCAUUAUUUGAGACUGCUUUGCAAGAAUGGGCAGACUACAUUUCAUUCCUAGGCCGCCUGCUCAAAGCUCUGCAAACACAUCCUCCUAAUAUCACCGUAAUUCCUCAUAAGACGAUUGUUGCUAAGCGCCUGGCACAAUGCAUGAACCCUUCCCUGCCGUCCGGCGUGCAUCAAAAAGCUCUAGACGUCUACGCAUUCAUAUUCUCCACAAUUGGCAGAGAACACCUAGCCCGCGACCUGCCCCAGUAUCUUCCAGGAUUGACUCCGACCUUGUCAUUCGCCUCUCUUUCCGUUCGGCCCGCGUUUCUAUCGCUCCUGGAAGAACACGUACUUAGACUUGAUAAAACUGCCCUCCGUCCUGCCCUGAAAGCAAUCAUUCUCUCCCUGCUUCCUGGCUUAGAAGAAGAGACCAGCGAAGAUUUUGAGCGCACAUUUCGAAUUCUAGACGGGUUCCGAGAUGCCCUCAGAGACAAGGAGACGAUCACGUUGGACAAGAUCUACGGAACUGGCGAUUCAUACUUCUGGCAAUGCUUCUUCUUAUCGUCUAUUACGGGCCCAAGCAGGAGGCAAGGUGCACUGGCCUUUCUUGCCAGACGGCUACCGAAACUCGGAGUCGACCCUCGUCGCGGAUCAGUGCAGUCGGACACAUCCAUUGAAGGAAAUGGGGUCGACUCUGUAGAAAGCCCUUCAUCAGUAGAAGAUGUUGUGUCCCCGGAGCCAGGCCUUUUGAUCAGAUGCUUCAUAACAGGCUUAUCCGACGAAAAUAUCCUCAUCCAAAGAGGGUUCCUGGACUUACUGGUAACACAUCUGCCGCUAGAUUCAUCGGUUUUGCAAAGCAAGGCAAACCCGGCAGACCUGGAGAAACUAGUUGGGGCUGCGGCGGGCGUGGUCGCUCGCAGAGACAUGAGCUUGAAUCGGCGAUUAUGGGUCUGGCUCCUAGGACCUGAAUCAUCCUCUACCUCGGAGAAUGACCGUGUACCUGAUACGCCGUCGUCUGGCGAUACUAAUAUCAGACCUGAUCACGCCCACUAUUUGAAAAAGUUCGGGCUUCAGCCGCUGAUUCGGAGCCUCAGGGCACUUGUCGAUCGUCCAAUAAAAGCGCCUGGGGAAAGAGCUCGACCUUUCAAAAUAUGCUUGUCUCUAAUGGAUCGCUGGGAAGUUGGCGAGCUGCUGAUACCAGCAAUCUUUCUCCCUGCGCUGGAGAAUGUUCGAUCCUAUGAGCAUAUUGCAACCUCAUAUGAUAAUUUUUCUGAAGUACUCAGAAGUGCUAGUGUUUUUUUCGACGGUGUGGAAAGUGGCUUGAUAUGGGGCGAGAUUUUUGGUCUGGUUACAGCUGCCUUGAAUGAUACCUCAUUGAACGCUCGUAUAAGACAAGAAAAGCUUGAUCUUGUGGACUUUAUUGUUAAUCACUUCAACAUCAGGGAAGAAGAGAUGCUGAUCGUUCAUAUGCCUUUGGUGACUCUUGCCCUAUUAGCAUUGGUCAGGUCGCGAGAUGUGAAACAAUCAUCAGGGAAUUCCGAUUCUGAAGAGCGGAUUCUAAGCCAAGCUUUGAGUAUCGCCAACCAUCUAAUGGAAAUGAUUCCGAAGCGGGCCUUUCUCGUAAGUACUGCUACUGAACUGUCCACUACUCCUCGACGACCAAGCCAGCCGUCUAUCUCCAAGCCUGGCGAGCUGUUAGGGAAGAUUAGACGAUUCUAUGUUCAGGCACAAGGAAAUCUCGACAUUUCAAACCCGCCUUUCCCAGCAAAGGAGGUUGGCGAGUUGCUUCUAUAUGAGGUCUCCGGGUCAUUGUCUCGGGGUCUUCGCUCGCAGUCAGCUUCAUCUAUCGAGUACCGAACAAAGCUCUUUGUGGCAAUGUUAAACAAACUCCCCCGGCCAGAGUCGAUCGAUCGGAAUGAGCUUUUUGAAGCAUUCCAAUUCGCUUUGCAAUCAUCAAAUGAUAUUUCAGACAUUGACCUGUCGUACUCAAUCUUCUCUGCUCUAAUAACCGUCACCUCAGCUCUUUUGUCAUCUGGUAAUCCCGGCCAUGACUUGGAAGGCCAAAUCACCAAGCUGGUGGAUCCACUUGUGCAACGAGCGUGGGAUCUGCUGUCUCCGGCCCAACCGAAAUACCACGUUGAGACCGUUCGAUGUCUUUGGCAUCUCGAAUCUCUGACUCCGAUGGAGCGUCAGGUUGAGGCAGUUAUUUCUCGGCUCGUGAUACACGGCUCAAAGGCUGAAGCUUACGAAGAGCAUGACAUGAACACCGCCAACAGAUUUGCGGUACUUUGGACUCACAGCGUACAAGUACAACCCGAAAGUGGGCAGGCGCUUCCUGCAACUGCGUCUGAAGGUGAUCGGCGACCAAGCAGAGUAGCAGCGGGAAAUUUUGAGACAAUGCUCACUCGGCCAUUGUUCCUGCUCCUGGAUGGUCUUUCCGAGAAAGAAAUUGGGAAUUUCAUGUUCGUCAGGAGUUGGCUCCAAACGCUCCUUAGCAUCGACAAAAUUCUUGUGCUCAUCCUCUCAAAGCUCCAGACAACUUGGGCGGAGCGGUCGACGAUCGCCAGCUCAGGUUUAGGCGAGGGCGAGUUUGGAGCGCAGUGUGAUUUCGAAACUUCUCUAUACUAUUUAGACACAUUGCUAAAGGUAUUAAGACUGGCUCCCGAAAAUGCUUCUCAGGCUUUGAACCAUAGAUUCAUAUCAGGGGCGGUUGAAGCCGGACAAGGAAAAGAUUCUGCAACCCAAGCAAGUGGUAUCAAUCUGCAGACAGUUAUUGUCCAGACUUGUGUUCAGAUCCUCGAAGACUACGAGCCGGUAAAAGACAAGAAAAAGCAAGCAAGAGGAUCCGAGAUUUUUAGCUCAACGGUAGCGGUAUUGGAGCAACUCAUGCUUGGCCCUAGUGGGCCCAGCGUUUUUGAUCAGCUUGAAGUCGAGCAAUUUCUGAUGGGGAGACUCCUCUCCGUUCUUGAUGGCGAAGAAACGUUCCUUCAGAAAUCGCUCAUGGACGCCCUUCUGGCUGCAUUAAAACUAAGAUUCCUCACCUCCACGUCCAACGAACAUGUGACACAACGUAAGUCCGUGUCAAAAGAAGAGAGGAGGCUGUCACGAUUGUCCACCUCUGCAGAGCAAAUUGACAUGCCCUCACCACGAUCCAUCGACCCUGACCUGUGUCGAGACCUCAUAGGAUGCAUUCAGAAAGGACUCUCGUCGCCGUCAGGGCGGUUGAUUCUGGAUAACUGGGUAAACUUUCUUGCAGCAUGUAUCCCGCUUUUUACGGACACGAUCUAUCAAGUUCUAUUACCUCUAGUGGGGUGUCUCUGUGCCCAAGCCAAUAAUACGUUCCAGGUGCUGAAAGCUAGCUUCAGAAACAAGAGAGCCGUCCAGGAAUUUUCACCGGACUCCGCAGUGAUUGCCUUUUUGAAUGGCUUGGAACAAGUUCUGGCAACAGCCCACCAACGAUUGGUGAUUGACGAGGCAAAAAGUGUCAAUGUCAAAAGCCCGGACCAGCAGCAGGGCUUUUUUGGAAAUAUGGUAUCUGGUGUCUUUACGAGUGAGGCAAACCAAGCACGCAGUGCGUCCACUAAUGAUCGUUUAACGAUAGUACUCUCAUUUCAAGACAGCGUCCGAAUAUGCUACGAGAUAUGGUCGUGGGAGAAUGUGACGUCGGAAGGCUCCGCUGAUAUUCUCAACCCUCCAGCAUCAUUCGCAUUUACCUCAUUGAGAGUGCGUAACCGCGCGAGAAGAAUUUUAGAACACCUCUUCUCGGCCGAGGAGCUUGAAUGUUUGGAGACGCUUGUAGUCAUCUGGCGCGAUUCAAGAGUAGCAGCAGGCAACGCUAAUAAUUCUCGAAUUAUUCAGCUGCUCCAUGUCCUGGACGGCUCACGGCCGAAAAACACGAUUCCCGCAAUCUUCAAUGCCAUUUACAGCAGGACGAACCCUGGUGCCCUCGACCCCCUUCGCAAAUCUAGUCUCACAUCAAAUUUGUCAGGUCCUGAUAUGGUCGAUUUUCUUGUCGAUUACGCCCGUUCUCUAGAAGAGGACGCAAUGGACGAGAUAUGGGCAGACUGUGUAACGUUCCUGCGGGAUGUCCUCUCGAACCCUUUCCCACAUCGGCACACCCUUCCUAGGCUGCUAGAAUUCAUGAGUAUCCUUGGUGAAAAAGUGGAUGAAACAAAUUUUGGAGAACAGCGCAAGAUGCGGAAAGAGUUAGGAGAACUGUUCGUCCGCCUUCUUUCUGCAACCUUCGCGACUAAGCCUGUAUCAAUUUCCCAAGAUUCUCCGCCGCCAAUUAUGACAGAAACCGUGGCUGCGACCAAGGAAGGCUCUGAACAAUCCGCUGAGAAGAAGGCAGCGCGAUACGAUGAUGUGAUUGGAAUAUUAUCAACCACUAUGCCCCAUUUACCCAAGGUCGUGGUUGAACCGGAUCGAAUAGCCACAGUAGCCUCAAUUAUCUCCACGAAUGUCAUCGCGCCGAUAUUUAGGGCCAAGACGUUCCCUUUUACUGUCACCAAAUGUGUGCUGGAUCUACUUUACCAGCUAUCAAAACUGGCAAAUGCGUCAAAAAGUUGGAGAAAGGAUGUUGCGGAUGCUUUCAAUGAUCCUCGUUAUUUCUCGACCCCUUUGCCCUAUGUACAGAGCCAUUGGCUGUCACUCCUCCGGCAGUGGACUCUUGGUGAUCAGGAUCGUCUGACAGAACUACUCAGAGGUAUCUCCGCACCUACUGCAGCCGGUAUAAUGUUUGGAGUCGGGGCGUCUUCGGCCCGCCAAGAAGCUGAUCGCAAGGCGCAGCUAAAUCUUCGGCGAAUAGCAGCUCUGCUUGUUGCAAAUCAGGAUGAUAAUUUUGUCGUUAACUUGCCAAGCUUGGAGGAGAAGUUGGCUGAACUCAUGACCGCCACUGCCGCAUCAUCACCAUCCUCUACAACGCGUGCCGAAGUCUUCAUGGUGAUCCGUGCGAUCGUCCUUAAAAACUCGGCCGUGCACUUGGCUUCGCUUUGGCCUCUCAUCAACUCAGAACUGAGAGACGCAAUCUCGUCUGCGUUUCCGGGUGAACAGUCUGAUACGUACAAUAGCUUCUCUCUCCUACAGGCUUGCAAGCUUCUUGAUACCCUCCUUACUAUUGCGCCAGACGAGUUUCAGCUUCACGAAUUUUUGUUCAUCACUGAUACGAUUGAUGCUGUUUAUCGCCCGGAGAACUGGCAUGCCACUGGUCUCGUUGAUGAGGUCUCCGAGGAGCUUGAUUCGACAUCAACUUCCAAUGCGCAUGCUGGCCAUGCGAGUAUCGGGUCAAGUCAUUCAAUUCGUGACAGUCGACGACCGCUUUUAAAAUCGAGCAGCUUCGAAGACAUGCCGAAAGACGACCUUCUUGCGAAGGUUCUGCGGCCCUUUUUCCGCCAAUUGAGCAUUUACGAAUUUGAAAGCACCUAUCACAUGGGUCCACCGGAUGUGCAGACCUGCAUCGAGGAUCUGCUUGCAGAUAUUUUCAACGAGCGCACCAUUGUUUCGUAA